UGAGAGGUCAGGGGGAGGGGGGAGGGAGCCGGCAACCGGCAGCCACCACCACCACGAUGGCGGCCAGGAGGCCGCAGGGCAGCGCCAAGUGGAAGCCCGGCCGGCGCCGCGCAGGAAAUAAACAUUCAGGUGCUCUGGAAAAUGAAGACGUUACUCAGAGGAAAGCAGCCCUGGAGGCUGCUAGUAGAAAGAAGAUUGAAUUUGAGAAAAAAGCACUGCAUAUUGUUGAGCAGCUCUUGGAAGAGAACAUUACUGAAGAGUUCCUUCUGAAUUCUGGAAAAAGUAUUACUCCAUCUCACUAUAAAGAUAUUGUUGAUGAACGGUCUAUCAUCAAAUUAUGUGGUUAUCCUAUAUGUCAAAAUAAACUGGAAAAUGUGCCAAAACAGAAGUACAGAAUUUCAACAAAAACUAACAGAGUUUAUGAUAUUACUGAAAGAAAGUGCUUCUGCAGCAACUUCUGCUACAGAGCAUCUAAAUAUUUUGAAGCUCAAAUUUCCAAAAGUCCAGUAUGGAUGCGAGAAGAAGAAAUACCACCAGACAUAGAGCUGCUGCAGGAGGGGCAGAGCGGCGAGUCUGGAGAAGAGGUGAAACUACGUGAUGAAGCAAUUAAAGCUUCUGACAUUGAAAAUCCUAGGCUAUCUUCAAAUCCAUGUGAAUCUACUUCUCAUGACACAGCCAGUGACAGCAGUAGUGAUACCGAACAAGAAUUUGUUUCUUCUGUUCUACCAGGAAGUCAGUCAAGUUCAGCUAAUCUUGCACAGCAAUUGCACAGAAACAGCAUCCUCAAAAAGAAACAUAUUCCGAAAGCCUAUUCCAGCCCUAAAGCUGAAGACUUGGAUGUGGUAGAAGCCACUGAACAACUAUCUAAUUGUAAAUUUGAUGUUCAGGAUGAAAUGCAUGCUUGCUCUGUUCGAAAUAACGUAACUGCAACACCUUCAAAAAAUACUACUUCAGGAACAUCAAAUGCUUCAGAAAACUAUGAAAACACCUAUAGUGGAUCACAGAUAGUUUUUCUAGGUGUGAGCAAAAAAGGGGCAGAACGUCUUACAAGAAUACUAGCUAACUCAAAACAAUAUAAAAAAAUUGAACUGCAGGAUCCAGUUAAUUCCUUGGCUGCCAAAGGCAGUUUAUUAGAAGUCCUUAAGCAAACACUUACUGAAUGGAGAACUGAGGAAACUUUAAAAUUUCUCUAUGGUCCAAACUAUACUUCUUUAUGCUCAUCAGAAUGCAAAUCAUCCGCCAACCAAGAAAGUGAAGAACUUGAUGAGGAUGACUUAGAUGCAGCUGAUGAUCUUGACACUGUUGCAGCAGGGGAGUCUGAAAACAGUUUGAACUAUUCCUUACCUUAUACAGGCUCAGGUGGAGUAGCUAAGCCUGUGCCUAGUUACGAAAAGUUAAAAGAAGAAACAGAAUUCCUAGAACUCCGAGUAAAAGAGUUCUAUAAAGGGAAGUGCAUCUUGGCUGAAGAGGCAGUGACACAUGCACAAACAGAGGAACUUCCAAGCAAAGACAAAGAUGAUGAACAGCAAGAUCUCACGUUCCCACUUGUUGAUUCAAAUGCACAAAUGCAGAUUAGAAAGCGAAUCGUCCUUGAAAAACUGAGAAAAGCAUUACCUGCAGUUUUGGGCCCUCUUCAGAUUACUCUAGGGGACGUUUACACAGAGCUAAAAAAUCUUGUGAAAACUUUCCAGUUAACAAACAGAAACAUUAUUCACAAAAUGCCUGAAUGGACUCUAAUUGCUAUCGUUCUGUUAUCUGUAUUGUCACAAAUUAGUCCAGUUUUCAAGAACACUCAGACAAGCCCAACGUACACACAGUUCCUGACCACGUUGCUAGAAGAACUGCAUUUCAAAAAUGAAGAUCUGGAAAGUUUAACAAGAAUAUUUAGGAAGGACAGCCUACCUGAAUGAACAAAACAAUCAUCUUUACAUCUCCCGCUAUCUGAAAUAAGGACAUGGAGAACAAAAAAGAACCUUCAAUUGUUGGAUAUUUUAAAAUGAAAAUAAAAUAAAGAAUUCAUU